AUGCAAUCAGUCAUCGGUGACUUCUUUAUAAACCGAGAAAGUGAAGUCUCCUUUGCAGAAGUAGAGCGUAACCAAGUAGUCUGCUUAUUUUUCACAGCAAAUUGGUGCCCUCCUUGUCGAACAUUUACACCUAUAUUGGUUGAAUUUUAUAAUGAUGUGAAUUAUCCUGAUAAGAGAUUAGAAAUUAUUCAAAUAAGCUCUGAUAAAGACGAGCAGUCAUUUUCUGAAUAUUUUAGCAGAUUGCCAUGGCUAGCAAUUCCUUUUGGUGAUAGCAGGAUAAAAUCAUUAAAAAUGAAAUUCAAGGUCCAAGGGAUACCACUUUUAAUGUUAUUAAAUAAAGACGGAACAAUGGCUUAUGGAUUAGGAAGAGCUGACGUACAAACAGAAGGCCCUGCAUGUUUUGAUAAAUGGUAUAACUUAGUGAACUAA